UGUAAAAUGAAGAACUCGCACACACACACUGACACAAAUUUGACGAAUAUUUAAAUUAAUUCAAUUUUGUUGCUUUUCUCAGAAAAAGAUUCCACAACAUUUGUAGCACAAUCAGCCACAGGAAAAAAAAUUGGAAAUGUAAAAUAAAAUAUAUUCAUCGUGUAGCUCGUUUGUUUCAUGAUCUUUUGAAUUCUUGAUCCUUGAUGGCUCUACUAACCGGGAAAUAUCUCAACCGGAAAAUACCGAUAAUUUCAAUUAUCCGGUUCGAAACAAUUUGGGCCGUUAAUAAUGGGCCACGAAUUCACAGCACCAAUCGCGUGUUCGGAACGUGCCAACAAUAACACACGCGCCAGUGGCAGUUUUGUAUUUUCCUCAGUUCACUCACUUCAACGGAAACCCAAAAUCAGAAAUCCCCAAAUCGGAGAGAAGAAGGUAACAACACUUUGAUCGUAUGGCGGAUAGAUUCUUCGUUUGUAUAUUUCGUAAUGCGAUGUGCGAAGACCUUGAUUCUCACUCCAAUUUCUCGUUUCUUGAAGCGAUCGGCGAGUGAUGGCGGUGGACGGUGACGGAACUGGUGGAGAUGGAGAUACUCAACCACCGGUGAAGUUUUCGGCGGAGGAGGAGACGGAGAUGCCUAGGAUGUGGCUGAGUCAGUUUCCUAACAGCGAGCACGUUUCUGAUAACUACGAAGAUCUGGAUUUGGAAUAUAGCUCAAUCGUAUUAAGAUCGUUAGAGAAGUACUUGCCGAUGGAAAUGCUCAAGGCGGAGAGAAUACUGAAAUACUUUUUCAUGUCAGAUAUUUUGGAGAAGUACAUUACCUACGGAGAUCUUACUAUGGCUAAAAAUCGCAAGGAAUAUAGGCAGAACAUAAAAUCCAAUUAUCAUCCACGUUUCAGGGAGUUGUAUGAUUUUGAUCCCAAGAUGUAUUUGCUUUACUCUUUCCGGAAUGCGAUCAGUGAAAACACAGAGGAAAGCUUCAGACGCAUCAUAUCUGAACCGUUUCCAGGUGUUUUCGUCUUUCAAAUGUUUCAGCCUGACUUCAUUCAGAGAUUGCUAAAAGAGGUAGAUAAUUUCAGAAUAUGGGCAUUUAUGAAAAAUUUAAAGAUUAGGAAACCAACCUACAAGACUAUACACGGUGUUGUGCUUGACGACUUUGGCCUGAGUAUCAUGCUUAACAAACUCAUGCAGGAUUUUAUCUUUCCUCUUUGCAAAGUAUUCUUCCCUGACGUGUGUGGAGAAAUGUUUGACUCUCACCACGGAUUUGUUGUUGAAUAUGGUGAAAAUAGGAAUGUUGCUGAGUUAGGCUAUCAGAUAGAUGAUUCAGAGAUAACAUUGAAUGUUUGUUUGGGUAAACAAUUUGAGGGAGGGGAAUUAUGUUUCAGAGGCACACGAUGCAAGAAACAUGCGAGAGAAGAUGCACAUCCAGAGGAAAUCUUUGAUUACCGUCAAAUACCUGGUCAAGCUAUACUUUACCGUGGCUGCCACCGCAAUGGUGCCAGAGCCACAACAUCUGGUUCUCGGGUCAAUAUGUUUCUUUGGUGCAAAAGCUCAUUUUUUGGAGAGAUGGAAACGUAUCAGAAGGACUUCUCAGAUAUGUGCGGUCAAUGUGCCCAUGAAACAAAAGAAAAGGAAAGCCGGAUUCUUGCUUCCAAAACAAAGGAGAUGAUUAGAAUAGAGAGUGGGGCCAAAAGAUCGACUGAUAAGCCGUGGCGUGUCUACGUUAGGCGUUCAAAGAAAUGAAGUAGCAGAGUGUGAAGAUAAAAGAAGUGAAGCUAGAUAAAGAAGAGUGGAAGGUGCGUAAAAGAGUAGAACAGAGAAAGCUGAGUUGGCGAUACUGUAUAGAGUUGAGUCGAGUCAGUUAGAGAACUCACAGAGUCACAGGUAGAUAAGUGUAAAUAGUCUGUCUCUCGUCAAACCAGUGCAGUUUUGGACGGAAAAGCAUACAAUUGGUAAUUGGUAUCGAGUUGAGUAUAGAACUCAGGCUACACAGCGUCCAUACAAUUGGUAAUCAAUCUGUUAAGCCAUGAAGUGUAUUUGGUUUGCCGUUUGACUCCUUACUUAGAAAACUGAGUAUAUGUAGAUUCAUUUAGAGGUAAAAUAGGUUUUUGUAUCUUGAAUCUUCUUGACUUUGAGAAUACUAUGUACAUGUAAUAUAGAUCCGAUUACUUUUUUCUUUC